AUGAACAUAGAAGAUGCAUUGAUGGCUUCUGAUGGAGAGGGAAUACAGAUGAUGGUUUACGACAUCAGCAACAUAGGGAUUACGCCACAAUUUGCGAACCAUCAUGGUUAUUUCUUUUGUGAUAUAUGUGGAGAAACUUUUGAAGCAAAAAACGAACUCAGAAAACAUAAAUCGUCUCACAAUCCGCCUAAAACAUUCAACUGUGAUUACUGUAAUAAAGUUUUUUCCAAGAAAUAUAACCUUCAACAGCACCUGUUAAGCCAUACGGGUGAAAAGCCACAUGUAUGUACUGUGUGCUCUAAAGGUUUCACUAGGAAAAAGUAUUUGGUUGAGCAUUAUCUUAUUCACACUGGAGAAGAACCAUAUCUUUGUGAUAUAUGCCAAGAAGGGUUUAUGACUGAUGAAGAUUUGGCUGAUCAUCGUAAAGUUCAUACUGGCGAAAAACCAUUUGUAUGUCCUAAGUGUGGAUUAGAUUGCUUAGAAGAAAUAAAAUUUAAAUGUCAUUACCUUACGCAUACUAAUGGUAAACCACAUCAAUGCGAUAUCUGUCAUAAAGGAUUCAAAAAUAAAACACUUUUAGCUCGACAUUACUUGAUUCAUACUGGUGAGAGACCACAUGUUUGUUCAGUUUGCAAUCGUGGAUUUACUAAUAAAUCCACAUUAGAUCGGCAUUAUUUGAUUCAUACAGGUGAAAAGCCUUAUACCUGCGAAUACUGUAACAAAGGAUUUAUUCAAGAACAUCAUUUAAAAGAGCAUUAUUCAAUUCAUUCAGGUGUAAAGCCAUAUACAUGUGAAACAUGUAAUAGAGGUUUCACAUACAAAAGUGCCCUUCGAAGACACAUGCUUUUGCAUACAGGAGAAAAACCUCAUGUAUGUGAAAUUUGUAGUAAAGGAUUUAUUCAAGAGAGUCAUUUAAGGGAACAUUAUAUUGCCCACAAUGCUGAGAUACCUCAUAUAUGUGAUAUUUGUGAUAAAGGUUUUGCUAAUAAUGCAACACUACAGAGGCAUUACCUUACGCAUUCAGGUCAAAAGCCAUACACUUGUGAUGUUUGUAGUAAAGGUUUUACUCAAGAGGGACAUUUAAAACAGCAUUAUGUGACUCACAGUGGAGAAAAACCUUAUUCCUGUACUGUAUGUCCUAAAAGUUUCACUUCCAAGAGUUUAUUAAAACGACAUACAGCUACUCAUACUCAAACUACGGAAGAAAAAGUACAUUUGUGUGAAAUUUGUGGAAAAGCUUACGAGGACUUUGAAGAUUUACAAAAGCAUUAUACUACUUGUGUUAUUGAAAAACAGUAUCCAUGUGAUCUAUGUGAAAAAUCGUUUUUUAAUCCUAAUGAUCGUGAUCAUCAUUAUUUGAAUCAUGGUGAUGUCGGUGCUAUAAUAACUACAUAA